AUCGAAUAAUUACCCACUAAAGAUGAAUCCUUCGCUCUCAAAGAAUCAAGGAAACCAGCAUUUAAAAAGGAAAGCUUCUGUUAUAACUUUCAAUCUCAAACAGCAAAGUCCUGGGCAUUAAACCGAAGUUGAAGAAAGAUGGAAGCUGUGGAGGAGGUACAUCAUGACUUUGAUUCCAACGAGAAAUGCUUGCCUUCACAUCUUGGAGGAUAUGGUAAUAGUUACCACUCCUCACCUGGAGCUUAUCCUCCCCAUGGUUAUAAUAGUCCUCAAAAAUAUCCCCCCCAGGGCUUUCCGCCUGCUGGAUAUCCUUCUCCUUAUGGAUAUUCUUCUCCUCCUUCUGCAUAUCCACCGAGUUAUCCUCCCCAAAAACCAUACGGGCCUACAGGUUUUCCAUCUCCAGGUGGUUAUCCUCCAGUUGCUUACCCUCCAGCUGGUUAUCCUCGGCCAUCACAUCAUUCAGGGCAUGGAUCUGGUAUGGGUGUAAUGUUAGCUGGGGGUGCAACUGCCAUGGCUGCUGCUGGUUACGGGGCUCACUACAUGUCAUAUGGACAUGGCCAGGGGCACGGCGGCUAUGGUCAUGGGAGACUCAAGCAUGGCAAGUAUGGGAAUCGCUGGAAGGGUGGAAUGUAUGAGAAGUACCAAGGCAAAUAUUUAAAGCGAUGGAAGUGAUUCCUACAUUUGACCAUCUCCUUCUAUACCUGAUUUGGCCCUUUCCAGAUAAUAAUAAUAAUAAUUAUUAUUAUUAUCAUAUAAUAUAAUAUAUAUUUUAAUAUUUUAGUUAAUAACUAUAUAGAAUAAAAGGAGCUACACUGUUAACCUCUUUGUUGUAUUUACAUUUCCAAUGGUUCUUCUCUUCGUUCCGUGGCAGGGAAAUAAAAUUUAGUAUUUUGAAUAAUGAA